ACCAGGAGCAGGGCGCGGGAGGGUAGAGGAGAGUCGGCGAAGCGAACGAGAGAGCGAAAGAGAGAGAAGAGCGAGAGCAGGUCGGGGCGAACGUGCGAGCGAGCUGACCGGGCCAGGAAGGGGGGCGAAAGGAGGGGGAGAGAGCGCACUCGCGCGCGCGAGAGACCGAGAGGGAAAAUCUGGUUGCCUGGCGACGAGCCAUCUAGUUCGAUCCCAGCCAGCCACCCGACCAGCCACCCUCCUCUCCGGUCUCUUCUCCUCGUCGUCGUCGUCGUCAUCGUCGUGGCCGUCGCCGUCGCCGUCGCAGGAGCGACGACACCGUCGUGCCGAGGGGAACGGCGCUGAGCUCCGCGUCUCGUUUCUCUUCCUCGCGAGAGAAAAGAUCUCUCUCUUGCUCUCCGGAGAGCCUGCCUUGACGUCGGUCGGUCGCGUGGGACGCCAACGUCCGGUAUCGAGAUCGCGGAUACCAUUGUCGGCGCGUCGUUUCCGCGGCGAACUCCGGAAGAGUCGGGAAAGCGCGAAGGCAGUCCCCGGGAGCAGUCGUGUGAAGCAUCGCGUGUGCGUCUAAUACGGGGGACGGCCCGAUAUAUGCCCUGGUCGCGUAGGUGUGCGAGUUUCCGAAGGACGUCGCGCCGAGAGUUAUCCCUCUGAUCUCGCGCGGCGUUACGUCUAUGUCACUUGGACGUGACGGUGUGGGAAAUUGCGAAUAUCACGCCCUCGCGCUCUUUCUCCCUUCGGUGAGAGAGGAACGGGGAAGAGGCCGCGGCAAGUGCGUUUCCCAAGGACGUGAUCCCGGCGCAUCUCCCUGGGCUGCGCGCACAGGUGGUGUCCUUCGGCUGGCUUGCCGUAAUAAAAGCGGGUGGAACUGCGCCCGGCGUCGUUUUCAUCGCAACGAAAUUACGUGCGUAACAACAGGCAGGGUCUUUGCCAAGAGGAAAAUAGACGGGAGUCACGUCCCUGCUACACGAACGACGAAGGGAAAAAAUUCAGUCUGCUAUUCAUGAAUAAUAUUAAUUUCCGAUAUGAAAAAUGUAUUAAAUGUUGCGCGAGAAAAACAUGAAAUAAUAAAUAUACUUCACUAGGCUAUUUAAGAGUCGAAGCGUUACAUCGAAUUACAUAAGUAGAUACCACUUUGUCGCUAAUUAGCUCGAUCCUCGUAGACUCGAGAGCGCCGCGGUGAUAAAAAAAAAAUGAAAUAUUUAUUGAAGAACGAGGUAAAAUUAUCAAAUUAAUUCAAAGAAUAAUUCAAACGAUAGACAUCAAAGGAAAAGCGAAAGAGCAGGGAGAAGAGAAAAUUGUUUGAUCGAGGAAUCAAUUUGCGGAGAAGACGAUAAAGAAAGGGGAGGGGGAGGCGAAGAGGAAGGGGAAAGAGCGGAAUAUACCGCCGAGAGACCGAAGGGAAAGAUUCGCAAGGGCAGCAGCCACUCUUUCCGAGGAGGAGAUCGACGAUUCGAUCGGACGAGAGGAGAUAAAAGGCGAAGCCGAGGACUCGCGCGCAAGGAAGAUGAGCCUGGACCGCCGUUGCGGUUCGCGGCAUCUCGUAAACAGGAUCGUCCUAGGGACGGCGGCAUCGACGGCGGUGGCCUUCGAUGGAACGCCGUCGUGCGGUUCAACGACUCAGAGCUGCGUCCAUAGAAUUAUACGACCUUUAUACGCGUAAGGUAUAACGCGCUUAAGGUAUAACCGCUGACCGCCCCCUUUCGUCAAGAGCGUGACGUAAUAUACGAUAUAACGAGAGACCUUUCGUCCAUUGUAUCGGAAGAUCGAUAUGGCAAUGGGACUUUAGUUGCCAGGAAGAAAAUUCAUCCUCUCUCUCGACGUAAAUUUUUGAGACAAGCUCGACCCGAGGAAAAUGAGAAGAUGGUCCAUCAUGAUUUACAGCAAUCAAAUUUAGACGAAUGCAAUCCUUCUAAAGCAAACUCUUGAAGGAAGAUCUUGAAAACGAUGAUCCCGAAAAGCGUUCCGCGUGAGAUUAAGCAAGAUUAACAUGCGAGACUUGUCUUUUAUCUCGCUAUUGUGAUCGCGAUAUUCGAGAUCGCGUUAAUCGCCGUUGGAUCAGAUUUCGUCAUCGUCAUUCGUGAUAGUUGGAUGCGAUAAGAAGGAACUGUCUCGUUUCAAAGGAGGCGACGUACUUUAGGAAAUUUCCUCGCACCGCGGAUAAAACACACGAAAUUCGUCACCAUGUUCCAGUGCAUCAUACAGCAGAGGAACGGCUGGAUCCAUCCUUACACUCCCGACACCAAGGAUGUCUUUCCAGACAUACGGCUACAGCUGAACGAGCAGCUGAGAUGCCUCGACGUGAGGAUGGAGGCGCAAGUCGCCCUCGUGGCCGAGCUCCAGGACUUUUUCCGCAGGAGGGCAGAACUGGAGCUGGACUACAGCAAAUCCCUCGACAAGAUGGCCAGAAGCAUACAGUUGAGGCAUAAGGAGCAGAAACAAAAGCGGGAACAAUGGCCCCUGUUCUCCAGCUACGCCUGCUGGCAGCAGCUCGUCAACGAAACCAAGUCCCUCAGCAGGGACCACGCCGCCUUGUCCGAGGUCUACAGCACCCACCUCGUGGGCCGCCUCAAUCAGGUGAUGGAGGAUGUGCAGCGAAUUUACAAGCGUUGUCGCGAGAUUGGCUACGAGACGCACGAGGAAAUACUCCGAGUGCUGCACGAGCUCCACACGACGAUGAAGACCUAUCAGGCUUACCAGGCCGAGUCCAGGCAGGCGGAGACCAAGCUCCGCGUCGCCGAGCAGCAACGCAACAAGCUCGAAGUGGCGAAUGCGGAUAGUCGCGAUAAGCUCGCGCGCAGCAAGAAGUACAAGCUCAUCGAAAAGGAAGUUAACAAGAGGAAGAGCAAGUACCAGGAGGCGAAGCUAAAGGCACUCAAGGCAAGAAACGAGUACAUCCUGUGCCUGGAGGCGUCGAAUACGACGAUACACAAGUACUUCGUCGACGACCUAUCCGACCUCAUCGAUUGCAUGGAUUUUGGAUUCCACAAUUGCAUAGCGAGAGCACUGCUGAUGCACUGCAGUGCGGAGGAGGGCAGGCAGCGUUCCUUACAAUCUGGCGCCGAACAAUUAGCCGCGUUUGUCGGUGCGCUCGACUCUCGGGCGGAUAAACAGAGAUUCAUGGAGUCUCAUCACGCGGCCUUUAUGAUUCCCAAGAAAUUCGAAUUCCAAGGACAACGUGGAGAUGAGUCGCCAGAGCCCGAAUUACAAAAGAUGCUACAUUCGGAGAUGGAGCAACGAUUGCAGCAGUUGCAGCAAAGAGUGACGUCUCUCCGAACCGAGUCGGAAGAGGUAUGGAAGACUUUGGAGACCGCAGAGGCGAGUCUGCUCGAGAUGUUGACUGCCAAGGAUUAUGAUUGUUCGAGAUACUUUGGCGAGAACGCUGUGCCCACGUCUAGGCCACCAGAGACGUUGCAAAUCAAGCUGCGAGCUGAUAGACAGGAGACUGAAGAAUUCUACCUCAUUAAAUUCAGGGAGUAUCUUCUCGGCACGUCGAGAAUAGCCAGGCUAGAUGCAAAACAGGAGUACAUCCGGCAGAGUCUGCUGGAUGGCUCAAACGCCAGUCCGAAUCCCUCGAUCUCCGCGACGAAGCAGAAGCAGGCACGCCGCAAGCGAAUCGGUCGUCUACAGAUGAAUGGACAGCCGAAGCUGUUUGGUGGUUCGCUCGAGGAGUAUUUGGAGAGCACGAAUCAAGAGAUACCUUUGAUCAUGAAGAGUUGUAUUCGGGUGAUCAACCUGUAUGGCUUGCACCAUCAGGGUAUCUUCCGUGUAUCAGGUUCGCAGGUGGAAAUCAACAAUUUCCGUGAGUGGUUCGAGCGUGGCGAAGACCCACUGGCAGAUGUAACCGACGCUUCGGACAUUAAUAGCGUCGCCGGGGUGUUGAAACUUUAUCUAAGAGAGCUACGUGAACCGCUCUUCCCCAUUAUUUACUUUGAACAUCUGAUGGAGCUAGCGCAGCUCGAAUCGAAGCAGGACUUUGUCAACAAGAUGAAAGAGAUGAUAGCGAGUCUACCGAGGCCGGUCGUGAUCGUCAUGCGAUAUCUCUUCGCUUUUCUUAAUCAUCUGUCGGAAUUCUCAGAUGAAAACAUGAUGGAUCCGUACAAUUUGGCCAUCUGCUUCGGCCCAACUUUGGUGCCCGUUCCCGAAGACAAGGAUCAAGUUCAGUACCAGAAUCAAGUUAACGAGCUUAUUAAAAAUAUCAUCACAUUCUGCGAAGAAAUCUUCCCGGAGGACAUCGGCGGUACUCAGUACGAAAAGUAUAUCAGCAGGGAGCCUGACGAUGCGGACGUGGGUGACUCGCCUACGGAUCAAGUCCAAGAAGAUAUGGAUUCGGAAGUUUAUCCGUCUGAAGACGAAUCUGAGAAUCUCGAAGCGACAGCGCAAUUCGAUUUUAAUGCAAGAUCCGAGAGAGAACUGAGCUUCAAGAAGGGUGACACUUUGACAUUAUACACGCAAGUUAGUAAUGAUUGGUGGCGGGGCGCUCUAGCCGGCAGAGAAGGACUGAUUCCUGACAAAUAUAUCAUGCUCAAGAUAAAAGAUGAAGAGCGUGAGAAAGAACUUUUAAAAUCGUCCAGCGAGGAAUCCAUGCGUAGAAGAGCGUCCAGCUCGGCAGACAGCGUACUGUCGAGCAACAACUCACCAUUGAUGGGUCCGUCGGCAAAUCCGAGUACCUGGUCAUCCGGCGCGGCGUCCGACAUGUCAUCUGCCACGACGAACAUAAUAACGGACAAUAGUAACGCCAGCGGUAUUAUCGCGUCCGUGGCAAACGUGCCCUGCAUCUCGUCGGCGCAGCCGAUCAUCAGUCGAGAGGCUGAUUCCGUGACUACGUCAAGGCUGGUCAGGGUGUCCACUCCUACGGAGAACGAGAAGCAUUCGGAGCAUCAUCGGAACAACAUGGAUUCGAUUUCGUCGGAGGACGGCAUCGAAUGCGUCGACGGCGGUGAUAACUCGAUUCAGCAGAAACAACGAGGUGGCAACGAGGAAAUCGCGAACGAGAAUUCGGUCGAGCGUAACAUGUUGGCGGCGAUAUCUUCGCUGGAUGGCAUCGCAUCGAAGCGCGGCGCCAGUCGGAAACAGCAACACUGGAAGUCGCAGAGCGUCGGCGAGAGUAUGAUGACGCAACAGCAACUGCAGCUGUCGCACGCGAACUCCCUGACGACGGCGACCACGACAACGGUGACGACGAUGACGACGACCGUGACGCCGGACGACGAGUCUCAGCAGGAACAGCAGCAGACGCCGAACUUUUCGGCGAAUCGGGAGCUCUGGCAGCGUCGUGCCACCUCGCAGACGCAGCUGAUGAGCACGACAGUGGUACCGCCUACCCCCAAGUCGUCCUACUCUCGCGUAUCCCAGGAAUUCCGCGAAAUGCGGCAGAAACACACGCCCGAUCUAGUGAUGGAUCUACCGCUGUCGGCGCAAGACCCAGUCAGCAAAAAGUCCGCAUCGUCUAGCAGUCUAAGUAGCUCGGAUGACGAGACGAUGAUGAUGCCGCCGCAACAGCAAGCGCCGCCCUCGCGAGCGGAAGCGGCUACUUCGCCGACUGGCGGUCCAGAAUCGCCGGAUAUGAGCACUGCCGCCGAGCGUUUCGCUAAGCAGAAUCAAUGCACCCUGAAGAAAAAUACGAAGACCGCAAAUACAGCGGAAAUUACCGGCAGCAAGUUGAAGCGGAUCGAGACGGCGGAGCAACACGACGGGACGGGCGUCGUCGUCGUCGUCGACGCGGAGGACGACGAGAUCAUCCGGUCGGCCAGCUCGAAUCAGAUCGCCGUCGACGGCGGCAACGGGGGUGGGGAAGGUGGUGGUGGAGGAGGGGUGUCGCUCAGGUCACCUCUACCGCCGCGUUCCACCCCCAAAAUCGUUGCCAAGUUCGCCGACAUGCAUCUGACCGGCGGCAGCCAGGUGGUUUCGUCGUUCAAGCCGCAGGUCAAGGUCAAGCCGACGAUCCUGCGCAAACCGGUGAUGCCGUUCCCGCAUCCACACAUGAGCCCCGAGCUUGCGCGCAAGAUCGAGAAACAGGCGCAGAGCGCGGAGCAGGCCAAUUAAAAGAUUGCCAUAAUCGCACAGUUGAAAAAGUUGACAUUAUUCGCGAUUGGUAACGCGGGCGGAUCCCCCGGCAGUCGUCGAAAUAUCGUCCUUCCGACGAAAAAUGCAAAUCCAAUUUCGAGCUUCAAGGAAAUUUUACCUUUUCGACUUUUAAAGUCGACGCCUCGAAAAUUUCAGAGUCUCCUUCUCGCCGACUCUCCUCGUAAUCUUACAUUUUACGCAAGUUAUUCGCUCUCGAAUGACAACUUGACAAUAACCGCCUUUUUUUUCAGGCAUACGUGAAAUUGCAAAUUGAAAAGAUACAAUAAAUUAGGAAACUAGGCUGUUGCCGAGGGAAACGUCGUGCCGAGACCGAUCGUUCUUACGAGAGAAAAGGAGAUCGACCUUCAAGAUUUCGCCAUUUCGAGACGAUAGCGUGUAGAUUUAGAACGAUUAGAGCGCGACCACACGUCCCAUCGACCAGUUACUCCGCCCAGUCGCGAGGACUUCUACUGUAUUAAUUAUCGUGCCCGAGAAGAAAGGAAAGAGCUACCGCGGUAUAGCGCAGUGUGCGACGCGUGUUAUAAAUUCGCGCGACGGUGCUAAAUACGGCACGCGCGCAAACUUACUUUAUAGUAAUCGCACGUAGGGCGAAACCACGGCGCUAUCCUCGCGGGGGCGAGUUUAUUUUUUCUACAGAUGUUUUCCAUUUUCGCAUAAUUUUUUUACCAAAUGAUCCGCGCGAAGUAAUGUUUCUAGUCAUCGAGCGAAGAUAAGAAUAAGAGAAAAAAAAAUAAUGAAAAAAGCGAAAGAAAGAGUAUGUGCGUGCGUGUGUGAAUGAGUGAGCGAAUGAGAGAAAAAAAGAAAUGAGGGAGAGAAAAAAAAGAGAGAGACGUAGCAUCGAAGAACGUGAAUUUGUAACGUUGGACGACAUAAUGUAAUUUAUUUUUUAGCGCGUGCCCGCAUAUAUGUGUCAGUAAUAGAUUUUCCUGCUAUCGCCACUCUUGACGAGUAUUGUCGCGUGUCGCGAGCCGCGGCAAGCGCGUUCAAUGGUUCCUUUAUGUACGGACGAAUGUUAGUAUGAGUUUGAGAGAAAAAAAAAGGAAAAAAAAAUAAGUGGAGAAAGAAAAAACGCAAGCUGUUCCCAACCCGCCCGAUUGAUCGAUUAACUCUCUGGACGCGAGUCUAGAUUUCUCGCGUUCUAGAGCAGAAGUGAGUGAGUGAAAAAGAGAGAGAGAGAGAGAGAGAGAGAGAGAAAAAGAGAGAAGAGGGUCCCGCGACUUUAUCGAUAAGUCUAUUAUAAUAGGGUGCGUUAUAUAUGUAUAUCGCGUACCGUCUUAAUUAUAGGUACUAAUUAAUCCAGCGAUGUUCGAUAUAUCCGCGAUAAAGAGGAAGGAGAAUCUAGCUAGAUUAUUAUACAUAACGACGACGACGACGACGACGACGCGAGUAUUUAUCGAUUGACGCAACGUCGCGAGCCGUUACUCAUCGUAAUUCCGAUAUCAACAAGUCGUUUAGAAAAAAAGGAAGAAAAAAAAGACACUCUGUAACACUUUGACGUAUUCCCACGUAUUGCCUCUCCCUAUAAUCGAUCGAUUGAAAAAGAGAAACUUGUACUCGUGUUCUAUACGAUAACGUAUAAGCGUAUUCGAGAGGAUUCGCUCGACGAAUUCGCAGUAUUCCCCCUCAACUUUAUGUGUGUAUCGAUUAAAUGUUUAGCACGCGAUCCUCGCGUUGUCGGUGUUAUUGCGAUUGUGUUAUUUUUUAUCGAUAUUUCGUUACGCGAAGAUCUCUACUUUUAAUUGUGACAAUCACCUUCGAUAGAUUCGGAAUUGAUUUUAAAGUUUUUCUGCUUGCCUCUUCUCUUUUAACGCUCAGUAUUAAAUAUUUUUAUAGACUUACAGAAUUGAUAUUUGCGCGCAUCAAGUCUGUUUAAACUGAGAUGUAAAUAACAAUUAUUGCUUAUGUAAUUCAAGAAGAGAUAAUUUGUACUUUUAAUAAUCCAAAUUUAUAUAUGUCAUUUUCGAUUGAGAAAAAAAUCGAUUCUUUUUCUUUUCAAUCAUUCAUCAUCAAAAUUAUCUGUCGGUGGUCCCGAAAUAUACGAUAUAUCUCGAAGAAUUGUCGAUCAAAUAAUCGUCUCAAAUGCAAUAACACUGACCGAAUGUGAAGUUCGUUGAGGCAUUGCAGUAUACCCACCGCACUAAGAAAUACCAAAGCCAAGGAUACGCUCCCAUUGACUGUAAAAAUAACGAUCUUUCACAAUUUCGGUUUUAAAUGUUGCCCUCCCCCCUCGUCUCCUUGUGUCGUUCUUUAUUUUUCAUUUAAAUUACUUUAUGUCCGCGGACUAUAUAUUUUGUAUAAUGAUCUCCAGUCUUCGUAUUUUUUUUAUACGGUGCCAAUCGCGCGCCGAACGAUAACGAUUUUUAAACGAAUCUGUAAAACGUAAUUUAAUACGCGUUAAUAAUUUAGCGUAGCCACGUCUUAUCAGUGGAUGAUCCGAGAGGAAUGUAAUAGCUUAAUCGAUAAUCUCUCCCGUUAAGGCUAAUGAUACAUAUGGAUAUCGUAAUAAACGAACUUACAGGCUGUAUACUAUA